CACGAUCAUUUUCAUAGUCCAUCAUAUCACUCAGCUUACUUACAGGCGAUCAUGGGUACCCUGAUUUGCCCAAGUAAACCUGCUGCUACAUACAAGGGGUGUCAAAAUUGGUCACCUUAUACCGUAUGUCGAGCUCGGAAGAGCAAUGUCGCCUUCAUGCUUUCUAGCGACUGUACAACUUACUCGGGAAUCCCCAUCCCCCUCUUCUAGAAGAGAUACUGCUAUAGUAUCACCUGAGUCGAGUGAACAGGGUCCAUCAAGGGUCCACGAUGAUGUUCCGAAGGAUAUUUAAAUCCUGCUUGUCGUCUAUGGGUCAACGCAACCCUCGAUGAAGCCCUCUUUUCGCCUAUUCGUCUUGUUGGCGACCGUGAAAUCUUACGCAUACGCCGCUCAAAAUCAAGAUGGAGAUGUAUUCGAUCCGUUAAGUUACGUGAAUCUGUUUAUUGGGACUGUGAAUGGAGGACACACAUUCCCCGGUGCGACAAUACCCCAUGGGAUGGUGAAGGUUGGAAUGGACACAGACUCUCCCGGGAAUCAUGCAGGAUACGAUGGUGACCCACAGUAUAAUGUCACUGGUUUCUCGCAGCUGCAUCAGGAGGGAACUGGUGGAGCUGUACCACUUUCCAACUUCAAGCUCUUCCCCAUCCUGAACUGCACGGUUUUUGAACAAUGUCUUACAACCAUCGCCUCACGGAAAAUCCCAAGGAAAUUCUUACCGAAUGGUUCUCCUGACGAUUUCGCUUCCCCCGGAUACUUCUCUACGAAUCUCUCCAAUGCCAUUCGCGUCGAGCUCACAGCGACAAGACGCGUGGCACUCCAUCGUUAUACGUUCCCACCUGAAUCAGUUACACCUAGAAUUUUGUUGGAUGUCACCAACGAUGGGCAAGUUAGUGGGAUUAAUCCUGAGAUGGCGAUUGAUCCAGAAACGGGAAGGAUGAUAGCAAGCGGAAACUACGCCGCGUCGUUCGGACCAGGUCGGUACGAUGCCUAUGCAUGUGUCGAUUUCAAAGGCGAAGGAUACCACUUCGAUGCGCCUAUCGAGUACGGACCUUACAAGAUCAACUACCCUGAUCUUUGGGGAACAGACAUAAACCAGCAUUAUUACAGCUGGGGUUCUGAGCAUGGAGGUCUCGUCGGAUUCCCGUCGAAUUCUGACAAUGGGAACAAGCCGACGUCAAUCCUGGCCCGUGUUGGGGUGUCUUUGAUCUCCACCGAACAGGCUUGUGCUAAUGCUGAGGAAGAGAUUCCAGACUGGAAUUUUGACCGCGUCGUAAAAGACAGCGAAGAUCAGUGGCGAGAUAUUCUCAGCCGCGUCAAGGUCGAUACAGAUAAUGUGGACAGAAACACGACCGAGUUGUUGUAUUCCUCCCUUUACAGGACACAUCUUCUUCCUGCAGAUUUCACUGGAGAAAAUCCCGGAUGGAAAUCGUCCGAGCCUUAUUACGAUGGCUUCUACUGCAACUGGGACACAUACCGUACCCUUUUCCCACUCAUGUCUCUCCACGACCCAGCUACCUUUGCUCGGAUCGUGCGAGGAAUGAUUGAUAUUCAAAAACACGAAGGAUGGCUACCCGAAUGUCGAGAGAUGGGUACUAAACAAUUCAUUGAAGGCGGAAGCAAUGGCGACCCGAUCUUGUCAGAGUUCUAUGUCAAGUUUGACAAACAAGCCAAAGAGCUUGGAGUACAUGCAGAGGACCUUUACGAGGCUUUACUGGCCGAUGCAGAGAAAACACCGAAGAACUGGAAUAUUCAAGGAAGACAGGCGGACGUUUGGAAGGAGAAAGGUUAUAUUCCCUCCGAUACAACGUAUAGAGGAGGAGCAAAUACGAAACAGGUUUCCCGCUCUCUUGAGUACGCUUUCGACGACUUCACUAUCUCUCAAGUGGCCAGGCUACUUGGUAAAACCUCAGAUGCGCACAAGUAUGCACGACGUGCAGCAAACUUCGUCAACUCUUGGAACCCCGACGUUGUAGUUCCCGAUACUCCCGGCAUCAUCGGAUUUAUGCAGCCUAAAUUUGCUAAUGGAACAUGGAAUUACACGGACCCUCGACACUGUAGUGUCCAUGAUCCACUCCAAGCUACCUGCUUUUUGAAUGCUAUCCGGCGUGAUGGGUUCUACGAGUCCUCUCCUAUAGUAUACUCUCAGUACGUUCCACAGGAUACUGCAAGACUUAUCGAACUACAAGGUGGCGUGGAUAAGUUUGUUGAAAGAUUGGACUGGAUAUUCGAAAACGACUAUUUCGAUUCGACCAACGAGCCGUCUCAGCAGAUACCUUUCAUGUACCAUUACGCCAAUCAGCCGGGGCGUAGCGCGCAGCGGGCUAGACAAACGAUUGCUGCAUCGUUCAAUACCUCGAUAAAUGGUUUGCCUGGAAAUGAUGAUUCCGGUUCCAUGGCAAGUUACGUGUUCUUCUACCUGGCGGGGAUGUAUCCGCUACCCGCGACAAGACAGACUCUCCUCUCCGCACCCUACUUCCCGUCAAUUUCAAUUCAUAACCCUGUUCUAGCUACGACCGUGACUAUCAAGAGCAACAAUUUCACUGGGAAUCCUGUAGACGGUACCAGUGGUAAUAUAUAUGUUAAGAGUGUGACGGUAAACGGGAAACCCUACAAGUCGAAUUGCUACUUGGAGUGGGACGUCUUCACCGAGACGUCCACUGUGGUUCUGGAGCUGACGGACACCGCGAAUGUUACUUGUGGAACUGGGAAAGAUGCUUUACCGCCUUCGCUUUCCACUGGAGGUUAUGAUUGACCUGUGAUAGGAUACUUAUGUGGAAGUUCCCUAUCGAUAUGGUCCCAAUGUUGAAGUUUCGUCAUUUUGGACAAAUAAGCUCACGACUGGCCUGAGGACGACGGUAAUUGCGGGUGAUAGUAAGCGGAUUUCAGUCAGGGAUGGUAUAGAGACCAUGGGAUGUGGAAAAUGCAGGUCGAGGUGGUAAAUGUAUGUGAA